CCGUGAAUAAACAAGGGGAAAAGACGCCAUGAACAAAGAUAAGUGAAUUUUGUUCAAAAUGACGUGAUCAUUGUCAACAGCAUUUCUCGCGUUUUGAUGGGCUACUUGCAAAAGUCCAUAAAAUCUCAUUGGCUAAAAAGUUGAAAGUUCGACAGCUGAAAGUUGAACUUGAAAGCUUACAUAAAUUAAAAUUUUAUCUGUCUGUACUCUUAUUGAUGAUAAAAAUUAGCCAGUCAGCGUGCAACAAACUAGACAGUUAUUGUAAAAAAUUAAAUUGAGCAGAGUAAAUUGUUCAGAGAUCUAUGUUUUCUUCUGUUGCCAACUUUUUGCAGGAGGCAGAUUUUUGAAGGUGGCCACAAUACUGGAAAACCUAAAGCAAAUACCAUAUCUUUAUCAACUGUUUUAAGGGUCCUCGACUAGAAAUAUCUAGAAUAAUUAUUGUUUGCAAGGGUCGAAAAAUUGAAAUUUCUGGUGCUUUGCCUGGAGAACACUUUUGGGGAACCUUCUUCAAAUAUAUUAUUGUAACUUUCUAAACAUCGAAGUGUUUUUAAGAAUUAAUUAAGUUGAAUUAUGCAUACAUUACAAUGAAAUUUGGCUAAGGUCUACUCCCUUUUAUUGAAACACUUUGCAAUGCUCAUAAAAAGUGACCGUAGAAAGAGCAUAACUGUUCUACUUUCUGGCAGUGCUUCUGAUGAAAGUUCUGCAGUUGUUUCAAGGAUUUCAGUGCCCUUUAAAGAAUUAUGCCAUCUCAAGCUUUAAUAAGGUCUACAUCAACAUCCAAAAACUGACUAGUUACAGGAGCUCAAAGUGCUCGCAAAAAAGAGAAAAACUUCUCAUGAGUACCUUCCCCUGUAAUAAGGUGUAUUUUGCUAUCAGUCUGUUAAACUAGGCUUCUUAUUUAUAUAUGACUGAGAAAAAUGCAUCAAUGUGAUUGGGAGAGAGUUGGCCAAUUUAUCAUUAAUUCUUAAUUUGCACUGCAAUACAACUUAAUGCCUACACGUUUACAAUUUUCUCAAUCAUAAUUAAUGAGUGAUCGUAUCAAAGCUCGAGCAACUGAGGAUUUACAUUGCUCGUGAUAUUUGAAAGUUCUUUCAAAUUGCACUCGCCUUAAGGCUCUUGCAAUUUUGAGAGAAUUCUCAAGUAUCAUUCAUUUUGUAAAUCCUUAAUUGCACUUGCAUUCACAUGAUUACCUAUAUUAUGCACCCUAAAUGAGUGAUAACUUAAUGCUACCUAUUUUCAUUGUUUCUCCUCAGGUUAAGACUGUUGAUAUUCUUGCAGACACAACAUUUGGAGAAGACAAUGAUGGUCUAAAAAAUAUAAAAUCAGCUUUCUUGUUGUUCUGUCAAGGAAAUGUUGAUGAAGCUCAGAGUGUCUGUGAUACAUCAGGAAGUGCUGAGUUGGAUAAUGUUGUGUUAGCACUUAGUAAAGAGGUGAUUGAUGAUUUUCCUGUGUCAGAUCCACGAUGGGCAGAAUCCAUUCCAGCAGGUGGCAUAUCUGCAUCAACUUCAUUGAUCAUCCUUCAUCAGCUGCAAGACAAGUUGAAAGCUCACUCUUUUAUGGUAGAGUUUUUGAAGAGUGUUGGCCUGUGGCAAAAGCUUGGCAUUGUGACUUUCAAGGAGAAACCAUCCCUUACGUGUUUUCUUAUCUGUGAACAUGCUGAGAAGCUCAGUGCAGCUGCAGCCCUGUGCAAGAUCAAUAAAAUGUAUCAAGAGGUAGUAGAUGAAAGUAUUAAACUUGUCAUGAAAAAAAGGCAAGUGAAGUCACACGUCAGAGGACUCACUGAGCAGGAUCUUUUCUUCAGGGAGGUAUCUAUGAUUUCUGAUAUAUUUGAAAGUCUCAUGGAUCAUGAAGAAGAAGUGCUCAGAAAGCAGAAGCCAUCUUUAACCCAUCUUCAAACAGUGGUAGCUGUAAAUACAAUAAUGCAGGAAAUGCUACAGGAGGCAUGGCAUUACAGGCAGACAAAUUUUACCGCAUAUCGACCAAGUGACAUUUCGAUAGAGUUCAACACUGAACUGAUGCCUUGGACUGCAACAACAGGACCUAGUGGAGUACGGUCGUUACUUUUAAAACAGGUGGGAUUAACAGCUGAGAGGGGACUAACAGUUAAUGCUGAUCAACAGACUUUACCCCUGCUUGUCCAACAGAUGGUUGAUUUAGCAGAUAUUUUGUUAGAUGGUUAUGUCCACCAGCUCCAGACAAUAAGGACCUGUCCUGGUAUGAAGAGUCAUUACGAAGAAGUUAGCAAGCAGUAUGAGCAAGAUAGGCACACCGUUAUUUUACCAUUAGUCCAACUAGGUCAACGAUCACAUGCAGCAUCUCUUGCUGAGAAGUACCAUGACUUUGGAAUUUUAAUUGAACUCUGCGAAUCAGUUGGUGAUCAACGCACAUUACAGCAGUACAUGACUCAGUUUUCAGAGGAGGGUUUUUCAGAUUUCUUAUUCAAGUGGUACAUGGAUAAAGGAGAGCGUCAGAAGUUGAUGACAAUACCUGAGCCACAACAUGAAGAUUUAGCAAGUUUUCUUUCCUCUCAUCAUCAUCUCAGAUGGCUUCAUGAUAUCCACUUGAAGUCAUUCUAUCAGGCAUAUGAGGCUUUAAAAGGGUUAGCCAUCAACGAAGCAUCUUAUUUGGCAAGAAAAAAGGUGACUGUAAUUUGUUCUUGGUUAACUGGGUCGGUGUCCUUAAGGAAUGGUUUUAUGGUUCGGUGAAUGUGCAAAUAAUGUUAUUAGCCCAUACAAUUACAUUGUUUUAAAAAAGUAUCAAAAGAAAGCAGAGGGGAACCCUCUUUAGGGCGAGCUGCCUGAGUCCUGGGGAUGGUGAUAAUGUUAUUUUCUAUAACCUAUGGUCUAGAGAAUCUGUUCAUAAACACAAUAUGGAAGUCUACUAUAUUUUACCACAAACACCACUUUUCCAACCACUUGCCUCACAGACAUAUUAUUGUAACCAGAGCAAGUCACAUGAACUUGAAGUUAAAACUAUUCAGGCCAAAAUUGAAGAUAUCUCGAGGUGAUGUUUGGAGAUGGCAAAAAUUACAGAGUUGCAUAUAUUUUUUAAAACAUUAUAUGUUGUUUAACAUUGUAAAUAAGCUAUAUUAUUAUAUGGUUCAUGUUUGCAGCCAAUAAUUUAUUAUAAUGUGUGCUCUGAUUGGCUUAUUCUAGGGCAUUAUUCUCCUGUAAUGCCCAUGGGCCAAUUACAGACCUGCAAAAGCGUAGCAAAAAGCCAUAUAAUAACUUAUUAACCUCAAACCUUGGUCUUCACAGGAAAGUCUCAAACCUCGGCAAGGUCUGGUUUUCAAAUUUUCCCAUAACGAUGUCACUGUCGGUUAAUAAGUAGUUAAAACAAUAUCACAACAAUAAAAUAAAAACUGAUCGUAACUGAUCUGAACUAAAGUGGAACUGAAAGGUAUGUUUGUAUUCCAGGGCGGUUGCUGUAUGCGUCUACAUGUAAUUGUAGUGGGACUAUAAUUAAAAAGUAAUUCCAAAAUCAAUCAUUGGUGAUGAGGACAUGGCAUAAGAAUCACCCACUAAUAAACAAAUGUAUAUUCAGCGGCUAGUCAAUAUAUUAU